AUGUAUAUCUUUCCCCAUUUCUUUUUCCGCAGUUAUUUAUUUCCUUCUAUCAUACUGUUCUUAUAUCGAUUCACCAGGCUGUUUAUAUCUACCUAUUGUAUAACAUUCCCGUUCAUCUAUCUAUCUAUCUAUCUAUCUAUCUAUCUAUCUAUCUAUCUAUCUAUCUUUAGUGCCCGUGUCAUUUUUAUCGAUCACUCUGCCCCGCCCUCUGUCUAUACUUCUCAUCGCUUUUCUUUCUCUUGUAACCUUUCAAAAUUGAAUAGAACUGUUCAAACCCUUCUUUUCUCGUUACUUUCCUAUUUAGUAAAAGCCUUUUUUUCUUGGCAGUUUUUCUGUGGGUCGAUAUGUCUAUACCUGUUUUGUGUAUUCCUUUUCAGUGCAGAUCUCAGAUAUUUCAUUGUCUUUCUAAGUCUGAUACAAGGCCACGAAAAUGGAAUGCUUUCUGAGAAUCAAAUUAAUAUAUUAACGAAUUACCAUCGAGAUGAAUUUGCGAAUAGACGCCCAAUGAUUGGUGAUGCAGAGCAAAUUUUCUCUUUCCCCCGUCUCCCUUUCCUUCUCUUUUUACUUGAUCAUUUUUCACGUUUCCGAUUUCAAUUUUAUUUCUCGCCCCACCUCUCCUACUCCCUCUCUUUCUUUCCACACCCCUCUCUCUCUCUUUCUCCCUCCUUCUCUCUCUCUCUCUCUCUUCGUCCUUAUUUCUUUUCGCCCUUUUUAUGCAUGUCUCUUUUUCCAACUACAUUUCUAUUACUUAUAAAAAUGCGUCUCUCUCUCUCUCUCUCUCUCUCUGUAAUUCCGUUUCUUUUUAGCCUCCUUAUAAUUCUAGUCAUAUUAUACAUUUUAUUCUUUUUGAAAUUCCCUUUUCUCGCAAUAACUCAUUUUCUCCCGCUUCCUCUCACUCUCCCUCUCUUUCUCUCUCAUACACGCACACGCUACCUAAUUAUUUACCUACCUAAUUCUUUCAUCCUUUCUUUCUCUCUCUCUCUCUCUCUCUCUCUCUCUCUCUUUUUCCCUUUGUCGCAUUAA